AUGGCGACGCACGAUUACAAGGAGGCUUCGGCCAUUGCCCGUAAGAGGAGGGCUGCCAACAUUGCCGCAUUCUACAAGACGCCUACGUGGAAGGAGGAAGACCUCCCCAAGAAUUUGACCGAGUUUGCCCUGAACUCGGGGUACUAUACGGACGCCGAACUCGCCAUCAUCCAAUCCGAGGCAGAGGCCAUCCUCGAGAACAUCAAGACCAGAAAAUGGACCGCGCUUGAGGUUGCACAGGCAUUUUGCAAGGCCUCGGCUCUGGCCCAGGAAUUGACCAACUGUGUAACUGAAGUCCUUUAUCCCGAAGCCAUGGCGAGAGCGAAAUACCUCGACGACUAUCUCGCGCGGACGGGCAAGACCAUCGGUCCGCUCCAUGGUCUGCCCAUCUCUCUCAAGGACUGCUUUGUCACCGCUCCCCACCCGAGCAGUAACGGAAUGGCCUGUUACGCGAAUGACCCCAUGGAGAAGGAUUCCCUGUUGGUGAACAUCCUUCGAGACCUCGGGGCCGUCUUCUACAUCAAGACGAACGUCCCUGUGGCCAUGAUGAUGGCCGAGACCAACAACAAUGUGUGGGGUGAGACGCGGAACCCUCUUCACAAAGGUCUGAGUCCCGGUGGGUCCAGCGGCGGAGAGGGUGCCAUGAUCGCCUUCAAAGCAUCCCCCCUGGGACUCGGGACAGAUAUCGGCGGCAGUGUCCGAAUCCCAGCUGGAUGGUGUCACUUGUACGGCCUCAAACCGAGCUUCGGUCGGUACCCAACUUAUGGCGGGAAAGCUGGGAUAUCCGGACAGGAAUUCAUCCUUGCCGUCAACGGUCCCAUGUCGAGAUCCUUGAAGUCCCUUCAGCUGUACUCCGAAGCCGUCUUAUCAGAACAAGUCCGUCCUUGGGACUACGACCAUAAAUGCAUCCCUAUUCCAUGGAGGAAGAAUGUCAUCCAGCCUCCCGGGCGCAAGCUCAGGUUCGGAAUUGUGGGCAUCGACGACGGCCUGGUGACGUGCCAUCCACCCGUGGAAAGGGCCCUGAAUAUGACCAAGGAAGCACUAGAACGCCAAGGCCACGAAGUGAUCCCUUGGUCGACCGAGGAGCAUGAAGCCAUUGUCAAGAACCUGCAAGCCGCGUUUUUUGACCUAGGCGGCGCCGCAAUCAUGGAUCUGGUCAAACCCUACAAUGAACCCGUCUUUCCCUCCAUGCAAGGCUACGCGAUCGCUGCCGCCGCCGGGGAAGGCGAGCUCGGCCCGACCAGGUUGCGCAUGAUGGUCCUGCGCCGCAACGAGCUCCAGAAGGCCUACCUCGAUCGCUGGAACGCGUCUGCAACGGACGGGAAACCGCGUAUCGACGGUAUCAUCCAGGCGGUAUCGCCUUGGGCCGCCCCUAGGCUUGGAGAAACACAGCGUUCUGGCAUGUAUGUUGGAUACACAGGAGUCUGGAACCUCCUCGAUUUCGGCGCCUGCACAUUCCCCGUGACCUUUGCCGACAAAACCCUCGACAAAGCGCGAGACAUGACGACGUUCAAGCCACUAAGCGAUAUCGACGCCCGCAUCCAGGCCGAGUACGACGCCGACUUCUACGACGGCGCCCCCGUCGCGUUGCAGAUCGUCGGCCGCCGCCUGGAAGAGGAGAAGAUCCUGGAGAUGUGCGAGGUCAUCGACAAUGCCUUGAAGGCCUCUUGA